CGGCUGGGGUUGCGUAAGGCAGAUGUGGUGGGGAAGAGAGGAAAUAGAAGUGUCAGUGUAACGGAAGUGGUACUGCCCUGAACGAUACGCUGAGCGAGACGGAGGACGGAGGCUGAAUCGUCCAGAGAAAAAAGCAGGAUUAAAAGUCGCCAAUAUUUCUAGAAAAUGGAUAAGAACGACCUGGUACAGAAGGCCAAGCUUGCUGAGCAGGCUGAGCGCUAUGAUGAUAUGGCUUCUGCCAUGAAGUCGGUGACGGAGCAGGGUGGUGAGCUCUCCAAUGAAGAGCGCAACCUUCUCUCUGUUGCUUACAAGAAUGUGGUAGGAGCACGCCGCUCAUCCUGGCGUGUCAUCUCCAGCAUUGAACAGAAAACCGAGGGCAAUGAGAAAAAACAGCAGAUGGCACGUGAAUACCGGGAGAAGAUUGAAACUGAGCUGCAGGAGAUUUGUAACGAUGUGCUGGGGCUUCUGGACAAGUAUCUUAUUGCCAAUGCAUCUGCUGCUGAGAGCAAGGUGUUCUAUCUGAAAAUGAAAGGCGAUUAUUAUAGAUACCUCUCUGAGGUAGCAUCUGGGGAUUACAAGAAGAGUACAGUGGACAACUCCCAGCAGGCGUAUCAGGAUGCUUUUGACAUCAGUAAGAAAGAGAUGCAGCCAACACACCCCAUCAGGCUUGGCCUGGCCCUCAACUUCUCAGUCUUCUUCUAUGAAAUCCUCAACAACCCGGAGAAGGCCUGCACCCUGGCCAAGACGGCAUUUGAUGAAGCCAUCGCCGAACUUGACACUUUGAACGAGGAUUCCUACAAAGACAGCACCCUGAUCAUGCAGCUACUAAGGGACAACCUGACUCUGUGGACAUCAGAAAACCAGGCAGAUGAGGGAGAGACCGGAGAAGGGGAAAACUAAUGGAAUUGCACUGUUAAUCCACCUACACUCUUAUCUUAAACACAGACAGCUUAUAUACAUCCCCCUCCACUCCAUCAGCCCCUCCCCCUUCUGUAUGACAAGCAGCCUGAAUUGCUCCUGACCAACUAGUUUACCCCUCUCAGUUCACUGUGAGGUGACAGGGUAAUUUUCAGUUGUUAGCAGAUUCAGUCACUUUGUGGAAAAUGUUGUACUGAGUAGUGAGUCCAUGUUGCUGUUGUUUUUGUUGGCUUUGUGUGUAUGUGUCUGCUAGUUUGUAUGUGUUUUGAGUGAGAGGGAGCGCGAAUGGACGCGAAUGACUGUGUGUGUAUGGGGUGUGGGGGGUUGUGAAUUUAAUCGUCCUUCCUUAAUUCCUUUGUCCCAGCUAGUUUGUUGUGCAUUUUUCAUCCAUUUUUUGUUACUUUUUUGUGAUUCAUCAUGGUAUUUACAGGUUUUAUCGUAUGGUAAUUAAACUGGCAGUUGAUUUUCACCAAACACUGUGAUGCUAGGUGUUCCAUUUGCUUCACAACCCAAAUUGUUUGCGUUUUGAAUUUCAGACACAGUACAAUCCUGUAUUCAACUAACUGCAAUUCUGCUGUGGGCUCAUACAGAAAGGAGGCAGGCUGUAUUGUGACACUGACAUCUUGGUGUUAUGCUCUUUGAUCAUGUUCACAAAUUCACAAUUUUAAAGUUUGAUUAAGGGACCCCUUAGACUGUCAUGUUAGAUUUCCUCAAACAAGACAUUCCACAAUAUUAGGCUUUUUGAAAGGCAGUGCUCUUUAUUUUAUUUUUACUUUUUUUUUUAAACUAAGUAUGGAUUGUCUUUGUAGUUUGACUCACUGUUCAGGUGCUGCUUGAACUCAGUACAAUGAAAAUUGUAUGUGCUUAAAUGUGGUUCCAUGUAUUUUGCAAGACUGACUAUCAUCUGUAUGUAAAACCUAAAGUAACCUUUUAUUGAUGUUAAUUGAAAAUGUCUUAUCACACUGUACCAACCCUGCUUGCAAAAUAUUCCUCUUAAAGCGGUUGUUUUCUCCAACGUUUUUGUGCCUGGCUUUCUCUUGCAGCCUCUCAUUUUUAUUAGGUGGCAGCAGCUGUUUUUUUCUUUUUUUUUUUCUUUCUUUCUUUCUCUCUUUUUUUUUUUUUUUUUGGUUAACAAAUUUCGGAAAUUACGCGUUAGACCAGACAGUUCAAAUGGUAAAUCAUGACUUAAGUCUAUACCAAGGUGCAUCGUCCUGCUGUUUAAGGUUGCUGGUGUGAAUAAUGGCCUCAGAAAUCAGAUUAAUUUUGAAGAUGCAAAUUGGAGAAAAAACCCUGUCCAUCACCUUGGAUGAAGUUCAGUGUCACAAUACCAUUUAUCACCACUACAUUCCACAUACUGUAGUUAAAGACACCAUUCCACAUAUAGCUGACAGUCUGUUUACUCUGACAAUGUUCCAAUGAAUUGAGAUAAUCUUCAGUUGAAAAAAAAAAUUCUUGUCAAUUUAUCUUUAUGCUUGAUGAAAAUGCAGUUAGUGAAUGUGGAACAAAGCCUGUCUGUAUAUCAGGUAUCUCAACUUGCUUUGUUUUUACUGACAAGUCUUCUGGCUAAAAUUUGCUUCUGUAACAGUCUAUUACCCAGUGCACACCCGUGGUUGUGAAAAUUUAGAAUAGCUCUAAAAAGCAAUGAAGAAAUGGAGAUAAACAAUGGUUGGUGUAAUUCUAGAUUUGUGUAUGUAUCUUAAAACCAUUCUAGUUUCACUAUACAUGUAAGAAAUAGGAAAGUGUCAAAGACCAUUCAGUGAAAUAAAGUUUCGUUUAAGAUAA